CUCUGGCUGCGACCCCCAGCUCCGCACCCCGUUCUUCCUCUCCACACCCGGCCAGACCCCCGCACAGUCCCCAACACCCAUCCUGGGAAGUGACAAGAGGACGUGGCGGGAAGGCAUUGGGGGUCCUUAGAGAGGGCACAGAGGGAGUCCGCACCCCAAAAACAUCCCAAAACCUCCAUAAUUCGGGCGGUCCCCCAGAACUCUCUGGGGGAGGGGACAAGAGCUUGUACUGGGAAGGGACACAAGGACAUGGAGGGGCAUUGGGGAUCCCUGGGGCUUAGCACACCAAAAAAUCCAGGGAGUCCCCAAAACACCCCGGUAUUCUCCGAAGUCCCCAACCCCAUCCUGGGAAGGGACAAGGGGAUAUGCGCGGGGCACCCUACCCUCCCCUAUCACUGGGAUAGAGGGGAAAAAUAAAUAAUGAUUUAGAAAAACCCACAAACGUUGGAGACGAGGCACAUCACAGCCCUAAGAGACCAGUGCAGGGCUGCCUCGGGUUUGGUUCCAGACACAUCAGAACACCACCGUUUUUCGUACUGCUCUCGUGUGCUGAGGCUCAGAGAUGAAAUCAGCCAGACACCUGACACUUUCAGAGGUUUAAUAAUGUUUUAAAAUGAAACCAGGAAGAAAACCUUUGACGUUUCAGGAUGGCAUUCUUCCAUAAAAUGGGAAUACUUAUUGCAGUUCUUGGGAUCUGGUUCAGCUCUUCACUUGUAAAAGCAGAUUCUAAGGCUGUGACAACAUCUCUGACUACAAAGUGGUCUUCAACUCCUUUACUCCUUGAAACAAGUGAAUUUUUGUCAGAAGAAGGUCAAGAAAAAUUCUGGAAUUUUGUUGAAGCCAGUGAGAAUAUUAAGAGAGCUGAGCAUGAUGGAAGUGAUUAUUCUUCUUACCAGGAGAUGCUGAAAGUGGCCUGCCAGACUCUGUCACCUUUGCAGCAGAAUCUGUUGAAAUUUUCCCUGUCUUUACGCUCUUACUCUGCAGCAGUUCAAGCUUUUCAACAGAUAGCAGCAGAUGAAUCUCCACCAGAGGGCUGUACCCUGUUUUUUGUUGUGCAUGGGGAGAAAACAUGUGAAUUUGACUCUCUUGGAAACCUUUUACAGGCAGCUUCAGACAGGCCAAAGCCAUUUUUGUUCAAGGGGGACCACAAGUACCCAGCAUCAAACCCUGAAAGUCCUGUGGUCAUACUUUAUGCAGAGAUUGGCUCAGAGGAGUUCUACAGACACCACAGGAGGCUUGUUGCAAAGGCUGAGGCAGGAGAAAUCACUUAUGUGCUCAGACACUACAUUGCUAAUCCCAGCAAGGAGAAGGUCUACCUCUCUGGCUAUGGUGUAGAACUGGCUAUUAAAAGUACAGAAUAUAAGGCCAAGGAUGAUACCCAGGUGAAAGGCACAGAUGUCAAUGCUACAGUCAUAGAUGAAAAUGACCCUAUUGAUGAAGUGCAAGGAUUUCUAUUUGGAAAACUAAGGCAGCUGUAUCCUGACUUGUCAGAAGAGCUGAAAGAGCUCAGAAAACACCUGGUGGAAAGUACCAAUGAAAUGGCACCUUUGAAAGUAUGGCAGCUGCAAGAUUUGAGUUUCCAAACUGCUGCUCGCAUUUUGACUGCUCCCCCUGUGGAUGCUCUGAUGGUCAUGAAAGAUCUUAGUCAGAACUUUCCUACAAAGGCCAGAGCCAUAACAAAAACAGUUGUUUCUUCAGAACUCAGAGCAGAAAUUGAAGAGAACCAAAAGUAUUUCAAGGGAACAUUAGGAUUGCAACCAGGAGAUUCUGCCCUAUUCAUCAAUGGACUACUUAUUGAUUUAGACACUCAGGAUAUAUUUAGCUUGAUUGAUGUGCUCCGCAAUGAAGCUCGUGUCAUGGAAGGCCUGCACAGCUUGGGAAUUGAGGGAAUUUCCUUACACAAUGUCCUGAAGUUGAACAUCCAGCCAUCAGAUUCUGACUAUGCUGUGGACAUCAGAAGCCCUGCCAUUUCAUGGAUCAACAAUCUUGAAGUCGACAGUCGAUACAAUUCCUGGCCUUCCAGUGUGCAAGAGCUGCUGCGUCCCACAUUUCCUGGUGUCAUCAGGCAAAUCAGAAAAAACUUCCAUAAUUUUGUGCUGAUAGUAGAUCCUACCCAUGAGACCACAGCAGAAUUACUGAAUGUGGCAGAAAUGUUCUUCAGUAACCACAUCCCACUGAGGAUAGGACUAGUCUUUGUGGUUGAUGACUCAGAGGACGUUGAUGGACUUCAGGAUCCUGGUGUUGCCCUCCUUAGGACAUACAAUUAUGUGGCACAAGAAAUGGACAAUAAUUAUGCUUUUCAGACAGUCAUGUCUAUCUAUAACAAAGUGAAAACAGGAGAUCAGCUGAAAGUGGAACAUGUUGUUAGUGUUCUUGAGAAACAGUAUCCUUAUGUGGAAGUCAACAGCGUUCUGGGAAUUGAUUCUGCCUAUGAUCAAAACAGAAAGGCAGCAAGAGCUUACUAUGAACAAACAGGAGUAGGCCCUCUCCCUGUUGUCCUGUUCAAUGGAAUGCCUUUCCAAAAAGAUCAGCUGGAUCCUGAUGACCUGGAAACGGUGACAAUGCACAAAAUCCUGGAAACCACAAGCAUCUUCCAGCGAGCUGUAUACCUGGGUGAACUGUCUAAUGAUCAAGAUGUGGUUGAGUAUAUCAUGAACCAACCUAAUGUUGUUCCAAGAAUUAACUCAAGAAUCCUAAGGUCUGAUAGAGAGUACCUAGAUCUGACAGGAAUGAAUAACCAUUUUGUGGAUGACUUUGCUCGAUUUACCACCUUGGAUUCUAAAGAUAAGACAGCUGCUGUUGCAAACAGCAUGACCUACUUAACAAAGAAAGGAAUGUCUUCCAAGGAGAUCUAUGAUGAUUCCUUUGUUAGACCAGUUACUUUUUGGAUUGUUGGUGAUUUUGAUAGACCUUCAGGGAGGCAGUUGUUGUAUGAUGCCAUUAAACACCAGAAAUCCAGCAAUAACGUUCGAAUUAGCAUGAUUAAUAAUCCUAGUGAAGAACCCAACAGCCAGAAUACCAUUGUAGCUAAAGCCAUAUGGGCAGCUCUGCAGACACAAACCUCAAAUAAUGCCAAGAAUUUCAUCACCAAGAUGGCAAAAGAAGAAACUGUGAAGGCACUGGAGGCAGGAGCUGACAUCUUGGAAUUUGCUGUUGGGGGUAUGGAUACGACUAUUUUCAAAGAAGCCUUUGAAUCUCCCAAGGUGGAUUUUAUUCUGUCCCAUGCUAUUUAUUGCAGAGAUGUUCUAAAGCUGAAGAAGGGGCAGAGGGCUGUGAUCAGCAAUGGACGGAUUAUUGGCCCAUUAGAGGAUGGAGAGAUGUUCAAUCAGGAUGAUUUUCAUCUCCUUGAAAAUAUCAUUCUAAAGACAUCGGGACAGAAAAUCAAAUCUCAGAUUCAGCAGCUGGGAUUUGAAGAAGAUCUGGCAAGUGACUUGGUAAUGAAAGUGGAUGCUCUUCUUUCUGCCCAGCCAAAAGGAGAGGCAAGGAUUGAGUAUCAUUUUUUUGAAGAACGAUACAGUGCAGUUAAACUGAGACCAAAAGAGGGGGAGACAUACUUUGAUGUUGUGGCUAUUGUUGAUCCUGUGACCAGAGAUGCUCAAAGACUUGCUCCGUUACUUUUGGUUUUGAACCAGUUGAUAAAUAUGAACCUGAGAGUGUUCAUGAACUGCCAGUCUAAGCUUUCUGACAUGCCACUGAAAAGCUUUUACCGCUAUGUUUUGGAACCAGAGAUUUCUUUCACAGCAGAGAAUAACUUUGCUCCAGGACCAAUUGCCAAGUUUUUAGAUAUGCCCCAGUCUCCACUGUUCACUCUGAAUUUAAAUACUCCUGAGAGCUGGAUGGUGGAGUCUGUUAGAACCCCUUAUGACCUUGACAAUAUCUUCUUAGAGGAGGUGGACAGUGUUGUAGCUGCAGAGUAUGAGCUGGAGUACCUGCUGCUGGAGGGACACUGCUAUGACAUUACCACUGGGCAGCCACCUCGGGGGCUCCAGUUCACACUGGGGACUUCAGCCAGACCUGUCAUCGUCGACACCAUCGUUAUGGCCAACUUGGGCUACUUCCAAUUAAAAGCCAAUCCUGGUGCAUGGACUCUAAGACUGAGAAAAGGCAGAUCUGAAGAUAUUUACAGGAUCUACAGCCACGAUGGCACAGACUCUCCACCUGAAGCUAAUGAAGUUAUUGUUGUUCUCAAUAACUUCAAGAGCAAAAUUAUUAAAGUGAAGGUUCAGAAAAAGAUUGAUAUGAUGAAUGAAGAUUUACUAAGUGAUGGCACCAAUGAGAAUGAAUCUGGAUUUUGGGAAUCUCUCAAAUGGGGAUUCACAGGAGGACAAAAGAAUGAAGAUGUGAAACAGGAUAAGGAUGAUGUACUAAAUAUAUUCUCUGUGGCUUCAGGACACCUAUAUGAGAGAUUCCUACGCAUAAUGAUGUUAUCUGUGCUGAAACACACCAAGACUCCUUUGAAGUUUUGGUUUCUGAAGAACUACUUAUCACCUACAUUCAAGGAGUUCAUCCCAUACAUGGCCAAGAAGUACAAUUUCCAGUAUGAGCUUGUCCAGUAUAAAUGGCCACGCUGGCUGCACCAACAGACAGAGAAGCAGCGCAUCAUCUGGGGUUACAAGAUCCUCUUUCUAGAUGUGCUCUUCCCAUUAGCUGUGGAUAAAAUCCUCUUUGUGGAUGCUGAUCAGAUUGUGCGCACAGAUCUAAAAGAACUGAGGGAUUUUAAUCUGGACGGCGCUCCUUAUGGAUACACUCCCUUCUGUGACAGCCGCAGGGAGAUGGAUGGCUACAGGUUCUGGAAAUCAGGCUACUGGGCAAGUCACUUAGCUGGAAGAAAAUACCACAUCAGUGCUCUGUAUGUGGUGGAUCUGAAGAAGUUCAGAAAGAUAGCAGCUGGAGAUCGACUCAGGGGACAGUAUCAGGGUCUGAGUCAGGAUCCAAACAGUCUGUCCAACCUUGAUCAGGAUUUGCCAAACAACAUGAUCCACCAAGUACCAAUUAAGUCCCUCCCCCAGGAGUGGCUGUGGUGUGAAACAUGGUGUGAUGAUUCCUCGAAGAAGAGAGCAAAAACCAUUGAUCUGUGUAACAACCCAAUGACCAAAGAGCCCAAGCUGCAAGCAGCCAUGAGGAUAGUUCCAGAAUGGCAGGACUAUGAUCAAGAAAUCAAACUGCUCCAGAGUCAAUUCCAGAAGGAAAAAGAAAUGGGAACACCAGCUGAGAUGCCAGGACAACACACACAUGAUCCAGCAGCACAUGUGGAAUUAUGAUCCAUGGAGACAAAUUCAAGUUAGACUCUUUCAUAGACAAUUUUUAUAUUGAAAGCUAGUUUUUCUCCAGUGUGUCUGCAAAACUGCUGAAUAAUUGAAUGGGAUGAUGUAUGCAUUUCUAUUACUUGCCUUUGGGUUAAUUUCUGCAUAUGAAAUAGGAUCUGGAUUGCUGGAAUUAGCAUUACUGGUGUUUUGCACCUGUGGUGGAGAUGAAAGACCCCAUGAUGGAAUUUAGUGUUUGAGAAAAAAAAACUUCACAAUCCACCAGAAGAGUCACAGCCUGUUCCUUCAGCUGUUGCUGCCUCCACCACUGAUGAAGCUCCAGUUUAGCCUCAGAUCUAACUUGAGAGUCUGGGAAUUGCAGACAUACAUCCUAACCUCAUCUGAUGGACAUAAUUUUUCCAGGUAACAUUAUAAAGCUCUAAAUUAUGCCUUGAAUUUGGGACACUGUUUCAACUUCAGGUUUUCAAAUAAUUGAAAACACUUCUUGGAUUUGUUCAAUCUACCCUUGAUUUUGUAACAAAACCAGCAUUAUUUUGAUUUUCUAUUUCCUGUUUUCAUUUCUUGCCCAACUUUUGAUGGUUUGGCUUAACAUAAAGCUACCAAGAUCUAUUUAAAUGCCUAGCCAAAUGCAAAUGCCUGAGCUUACAGAGUGAGCAGAACACAGAAUUGGGCAGCUGAGUUCAUCCUAGCCUAUAUGACUUGAAUCAAAGUGCCCUCCCUCCCUCCUGCUCCAAGUGUAAAUCAGUCUGCAAAACUGGUCGGGCCUUCCUCUUGCUGUGGUUCACUGAUUCAUGAAUGUUUUUUUGGUUUUUUUUUUUUUUUUUUUUUUUUUUUUUUAUGAAAAAUCUGUGGAAGCUUGGAAGUUUAUCAUCAUGUAAAUUUCAUUAACUUUAUUUUUCUUCAAACAGAGGUGUUGACACAUCAAUAAAACUUCAGAGUUCUUAGGUCUUAAGCUUUAGUUCCCACUCAGUCCUCAGAUCAUCUGUUUUCCUUGCACACAUUACAGUCCUAAGUUGAUUUUGGGGUUUCUGGAUAUUUCACCUGCAUUUGCUUUCUUUCUGUGCACAGACAUGAAGGUCUCUUCUUGCAAGGAUUAAUUACCCUGGGCUAGUUUUAGCAUUCAUAUUCAUGUCUUCAUUUUUAAAGAUGCUGCUGCCAAAGUUCUGUACUAUGAACAUACCAAUUACAGAAAACCCUCAAAGCCACUUUCCCUCAUUCUGAAGGAUUAAUUGUCUGCUCUCUGUAACACCGAGGAGUUGAAGAAUUGAAAUGUGAGAACUAAAAGGAGAUUUCUAGUACAAAAUAUAGUCACCUGUGCAGCUUGAGAAAUCCAAACUUUUUUGGUUUUUGUGCCUCCCAUGUUUUUAUGCAAGUAAAUGUUUUGUGUUGUAAGACCUUCAACCCAAUAAUCCUGACUUGAGAUAUUCUUCUGGAAUUGCUGUGUUAUAAAUCCUGUCAUGUUUUGGAGGAAUCUGAAAGAAGACAUCAGUAUUAGUGUUUAAACUGUGAAACAGAGGAACUUAAGAGAAAAAGCAGCUCUUCUCCAGCCAGCUGAAGGAAGGGCCCAAACUCUUAAAAAAGCACAUUAAGAGCAACUUACAGAGUUUAUCAGCUUAGGUAUUUCCCACUUUGUGGGGUUUUAAAUUCAGAUAGAAUAAAAAUUCAAAAAUUUAGAAUUUAAAUUCAAUCUGUGUGGUGGCUCUGGAAAUUACAGGUGAGGUGCCUUAUGCUUCCCACCAAAACUGUUCUGCUUAAGGAUAAGCAGACUUACAGUGGCAGGACUUCUUUCUAGUGUAAAAAACAACACCCCUGCCAACAAAUGAAUUACAUGUAUGUCAGUUAGCCUGUUUGAAACAACUAAGACAGCACAGGUAAGACUGUCCUUUCUGUGUUCAGCUCCAAAUCACUUCAGCCUUGCUGGAAUGGCACAGGAAGAAGUGGGCAGCAGCUGUACACCACCAUUCCUUCCAGGGAUGGAUGAGGCAAGAAUGUGCUGAAGCCCUCAGAACAAGAGCAGCUUUCUGUGAAAAAAGGCCCUUUCCUAUCUGGAGCCAUAUUUGGCUUCUUUUUCCCCUCCAAUUUAUAUUAGGAGCCACAAGACUGAGAAUAAACAACCUCUUAAAUUCAGCAUAUUUACAGUGCUUUGUUGAAUAAGAAAAUACUUCUAAAUUAAAUGUCAGUUACAAUUUUUUAAAAAUAUGCUCUUUCAUUCUGGUAGUUCAUGUAUGUACUUGAACACCCACACUAUGUGCUUUUUUAAAAUUACAAGAUCUGGCUAGCUAUGGAGGGUAUUUUCGUUGCCUCUAGUUAACAGAUGCCAUGCUCUUCAGUUUUUAUAAAGAAAUAGAAGUCAUCUAACUCAUAAUGGGUACAGAAAGAAACCAGAAACAUAUUGUGAAAUUCUAUACCUUUACGGUACUCAUAACAGUCCUGUAACUGUUCUCAAGUACAAUCCAAAAUGCACUUGGUACUGAUUAUUCUGAAUGUGAACUAUUCCCAUUUUUCCUGAGAAGCCACUAUUUACUUCCACCCAAAAAUGACAAUCAAAAAGAGAAUAAUCACUUCUUUUGGAUCUGUGCAUAUGUUUGCUCUUAGAUGCUCAGUGGGCCCUUGAAAGACAAAUGGUUUGUCACCCCCAUCUAGAAAGCAUCUGAGGGAGAUGCUUAAUGAAACAGGGCUGCUGCUGCUGCUGUAACUGGGAGGAUGAUGGUAAUUAGAAAAUGGGGAUUGCAGAGUUCACAGUGUGGUUUUGGAUCCCUCAGACUAGAAAGGCCACUUCUGGGCCAGAGUGAUGACACUGUUCCCAUCUCUGGCUACAAGCAGCUUGACCUUUUGGUGAGCAGUUCACCCUUGAGAAAUACCCAGUACUUCUAUUUUAAAAGGAAGAUUUGACUGCCUUGCUGAAAAGCAAAUAGCAGAGAAGUAAGACUUUGGGAUUUCUCUUUCAUUUAGCUGUAUGGGGUUGUAAAGAAAAUGAAAGGGACUUGUACAAAGCAGUAAACACCCAGUAACAGUCUUAGGAACCAAAACAUUUUUAAAAUUAUCUCCUGGUGGUUUUACCCAAAUCCCAAAUUCUGUAAUCCUUUCAAGAAUAUUCCAUAGCUCUGUGUGGCACUGAUCCUAAGUGACCCAAGGUAUGGGGGUUAUUUUUACUGGAUGUUACUGAGAUCACAGUGAGUUUCCCAGAAGAGUGGUAACAACAAGAUCCAACAUAAUAAAACCCUUCUGUUCUUUA